AUGAAGCGCAAUAUGGAGUGCCCACCAGUCCCCAAGGGUCCCUACUCUCCUCAAGGAGAUCACGAGUCCGAGCGAGCUUCUUCGGUCGGGGGAUCAAUGGGGUCAAGUGAGGACCAAGCGCUAGGAUUGGACAAAGAAGAUUUUUGCGAGACACAACAGUUUGACGCGGCAUUUAAUUGGGGAAUCGGGGACAGGUGCGCAUACCCUUUCAGGCGCCACACAGUCGUGAAACCCGCUCGUACAAACGCUAAUCUGUGCCUCUCACAGACUUUCCUGGUAGGGAAGGUCAGGUCUCUUAAUUAAGUCGAUUGGAAGCCGUCGACGCUAUCGAGCGGACUCCGGUGGCCAAGCCAACGCAAAGGCGGCAAAAAAGAAAGGCUGCAUCUGUUGUCAGUGCGCAGAGGCACCAAAACUUGUUUUCCACUCGAGGUCAAGGAACUCUGGGAGCGAUCGAGAUUAUAGAUCUGCGCUGCAUCUUAGGCUCAGCUGGUUGCAUCUAUCGGAGGGUGGGUCGAGAGGAGCUUCGCGAGUAUAUCUUUGACCGAUUGGAGGACGAAGCUCUGCCCAAUUUCGGACUUGUAAUCCAUUCCCAGCUGUUUUCCAUCUGCUAG